AUGGACGCUCCGGCACAUUUCCUCGAAGACUACCCGAUGGCAGACGGAGCCAACCAGCGAUGCUCCUAUUUGAUUCAAAUGCAAGGGAACGUCGCGAAAUGCAAGAUUUCCUGGAUGAGAGACACCAUUAAAGUGGUUUCAGGGGAUUGCCUGCCUUGCCCCGAUGAGCACCGUGCCCAGUAUGCUCAGGACCUGGAGAACACAAUCAUCCUCGGUGGAUGCCCGCUCUUCAUUUUCAAGGAUUGCCCACGCUGCAAGGUCCGUUCGGUAAUGGCCCAGGCUAUCGACCUCGGCUGCGACAAAUCGGCCAAGAUUCUAGCUUGCUUGCUAACGAAGUUCUCGGCCUGCAAUCUCGACGCAGCUCAGCUUCUCGAUGAUCCGAUUCUGUCCAUCUUGCAUGACGAGAGGUCUAUCGACCUCCCAGAAAACAGACUGAGCAUGACUGCUGCAUGCAAGCUGGUAUGUCUCAUGGAGGCGGCCACAGGAGGUCGCGGACGGCACCCCUUUAACGUGGGCACCUGGGUAUGCGAAAUUCUCUCCAAUGCGGCUACAAUUCCAGGGUCCAUACUAGGAUUUUUGGGUCUUUUGGAGAUCACAAUUCAACUUUUUUAUGGCGAGAAGGCGGCCCAGCACCGCAAAAUCGAGAGCAGGCUUGUCUGGGGCGCCAUUCUCCAAAUCUUAUGGCAACACCCCCGCGUCGCCAAGGGCACAAUGGGCUCUGUUGUCCUGAUGACUGAGAAGCUUCUGCAUAUAGAGCGACAGCUCCUCGAUGAGGAACGCAAGGCUGCGAAAUACGGUAUGAAUCAAGUGCCUUCAUUCAGCCGUAUCCAGUUCGAAAUACAGGAUCAGUCAGGACGUACGGAGAUCACGGACCUUUUGAGAUUUUGCGAAUGGCAGCCACAACGGAUUCCAUUACUAGCCGACCUCCAACCAACUGACGAUAUCGACGUUGAGAUCAGAGAGUUAUGGACACCAGAAACCCCAUUGGACCGUGUGUCAUGCGGAGCAUUCCGUGAAGCAGUUGUGGGGCACUUGAAGGAUGAACUUACGAACCCAGUCUCUGGUCAAAACGACAAAGAUGUCAGCAAGACAUCUGCUGCGACGGAUCUCGAUGUUCAAGGAGAGUGA